AUGUCCAAGCUGAAUGUCAGAGAUUUCACCCUUCGUUUUCUUCCAGGUAUGAAGGUCUAUACGGUGACCUUCAUUGCUAGUUCUCUCAGCGGCGUUGUGCUCAUAUGUUGUCUUCUGAGCAUUGCACAAAUCUACAACAAUGUUCAGGACUUCUGGGAAGAACUGGAUGAUGAAAUGAGCGUUAUUCGUAUGUGGCGCGACCUCGUUCAUAUUGGCGCCACCCGUCGCCGUCGUGAAGCCUACGUUCAAUCGAGUUCCUCCGGUGGCAUUGGCGCACCUGCGCACGGACUAGCUCAAGCUCCCUCCGGUCCUAGUCCAAAUUCAGCUGGUUGUCAGUGCAAAAGUGCCGCUGAUAAUAGGUGUCACCAUGGACCUACUGGGCCCAAAGGCCUUCCCGGUGCGCCCGGUCCCAAUGGUAUUCCCGGAGUUGAUGGCAAACCAGGAGUGGAUGCUGUUGAUGUUAGCCCCGAACCUCAAGACACUGGAAUAUGCUUCUAUUGUCCACCUGGGCCUCCCGGAGCUCCUGGUCCUAUCGGUCGCCCAGGCGUACGUGGAAUGAAAGGAGCAGAUGGAACGCUCGGUCGUCCUGGUCAUGACGGAAACCCCGGACAUCCCGGAGAGAUGGGAGCAGGCGGUCCACAAGGACGCCCCGGACCAGAUGGACGUCCAGGAGAGAAGGGAGCUGAUGGACGCAAACCUAUUGGUCGUCCUGGUCCAAAGGGACAGCGCGGACCACAAGGAGAUCCUGGACCACAAGGUUAUCCUGGACAGAACGCUCCACCCGGCGCGCCUGGGCCAAUCGGACCACCUGGAGCAGGUGGAGCAGCCGGACCAAGAGGAGUUGAUGGACCACCAGGGCCCGAGGGAGGAAACGGUAGACCUGGCCGCGACGCAGAGUAUUGCCACUGUCCAAACAGAGGUUUCCGAGGUGGAAGGUUCCCGUAUAACGCUGAUUCCAAGAAAGCUUAG